AUGAUUUUGCGCUUACUGCAAGCGGGCGCCAGAGGCAUAAGCUCAUGUGUAGCAGGGAUGCGCAAGUGGCGCACAUGUGCAUUGACCUCGUUGCUGAGCACGGAACACACAUUUCCGCUCAGUUCAACAACUACUUGUGCCCAGAGCAUGGGGCCGCAACAACAUGGCUUGCGGUUUUCAGUUAUGCGCCUCAUUGUUUGCUUUGUCCACAUCGUAUUGAAUCUGUCCAUGCUGCAAGGAAAGAGGCCUCAGGUAAGCUGUCACGGUGGACAUUCCUGCAAAGUUUGUUCGCAUAAGCUUUUUGCGUGGGCUGUUGUUGUUUUCCAGCUGCUGCAUGCUGCCGCGUAA